GUAUGUGUGGCUGUGUACGUGUGUGUGUGGAUGUGUUUUCUUCAAGGAUGACGAUGAUAAUAGCGAGGGUGUUGUGAAAACGAAAAAUGAAUUACGGAAUAAAAUCUGCGACUGCAGCAGUGUCGUGCGUGUAAAAGUUUCCGUUCUUCUCCUAGCAUUUAAGUGGUGCAGUCGACUUGUUUCAACACAUUACGAACUCUCUGUUUCUCCCACCCAUCGUCCCGUACCUACUACCCUUCGCGACUGCGUCACAUAUUUUCCGUGCGUACGAUCUGUCCAUACCAUCAAUUGCCCCGAUGCUUUGUCUGUAGAAACAGUGUACUUCUUGUGCCGUUGUGAAGCUAUGUGCAAACGUUUUGUGGUUGCGCGUAUGUGUUUUGGAAUAACGAUGACUAAAAUCGCGGAAGUCAUCACGGUACAAAUCGGGCAACAGCAGCGAUCGAUUCCUGUCCGUUGCGCCCCAUCAUGGUACCCUCAUUAGGGAUGCAAUUCUGCGCUUAAUCACCGUCGUCAAUCCGCACCGUGUUUACAGUUUGGUGAAGUUGUGCGCUCAAAGCGGGACAAGGGCAAGUGGCAAAACUAGCGACGGUAGUAGCAACACGACGGUCAAGGAUGGAGAACAGUGUGGGGGAAUCGUCGGAGGUCGUGUACGGCACGCACGAAGACUCCGCAAUGGUGAUGUCAGAAAAGGUGCAAUCACUCGCCGGGAGCAUCUAUCAAGAGUUCGAACGGAUGAUUCAACGGUACGAUGAGGAUGUCGUAAAGACGCUGAUGCCGCUGCUUGUGAACGUGCUCGAAUGUCUUGACUCGGCGUACCAAACCAACCAAGAGCAGGAUGUCGAGCUGGAGCUGCUGCGCGAGGACAACGAGCAGCUGGUAACGCAGUACGAGCGGGAGAAGAAUGCCCGCAAGCAGGCCGAGCAGAAGCUGCUCGAGACGGAAGAUCUGGCCGAGCAGGAGAACAAGGAGCUGGCCAGCCGGCUCGAGUCACUCGAAAGCAUCGUGCGAAUGCUGGAGCUGAAGCACAAGAACAGCAUGGACCACGCGAGCCGGCUCGAGGAGCGCGAGUCGGAGCUGAAGAAGGAGUACAGCAAGCUGCACGAACGGUACACGGAGCUGUUCAAAACGCACGUCGACUACAUGGAGCGCACGAAGCUGAUGAUGGGCAACUCGACCCACUCGCAGGCCGGAUCCGCGUCCGAGCGGCUGGACGUGUCACGGUCCCGUCUAAUGCCCAUGAUGCGGUCUACCGGGCCCGUCUCGUACGGGUUCGCCUCGCUGGAAAACUCCACCAUGCUCGACACGGAAACGCUGUGCAGCGAGGAGGACAGCGGGCCCGAUUCGGGGCCGCCCUCGCUGCAGAACGAAAUCGAAACGAAAGCCACCGAACGGGUGGAGGAAGUGGACUCGGCUACGGCCGCGCCGGCCGACGCAAUGGCGACGAGCUCAACGGCCAAGGUGCUGCAAAGCCCCACCAGUGGCGGUGUUUCGGGCAAAACGACCACCAAAAAGGAGCAACGGUCCGCAAACACGCUUUACCAGGAGCUGUCCUUCCAGGACGAUAAUUUGGAAAGCGAAGAAAACGAAAUCACCGGUGCCUGGGUACAUCCCGGAGAUUAUGCAUCAUCAGCUAACGAUAACUUUUUCGGCAUGGGCAAAGAGGUUGAAAAUUUGAUAAUGGAAAAUAACGAACUGCUAGCCACUAAGAACGCUCUGAACAUCGUGAAGGACGAUCUCAUAGUGAAAGUGGACGAGCUGACCGGUGAGAUUGAGAUUCUGCGCGAAGAGCUGAAUGCGGUGAUAUUGGCCCGCAACAAACUGAAAGCCAAGGUUACCGAGCUGGAGGAGGAGCUGAAGAAAACGAAAGCGCAAGUGAAGCAAGCGUCCUCCUCGGCGACCGACCAGGAAGAGGAGGGCGACGUUCCGAUGGCGCAGCGGAAGCGCUUCACCCGCGUCGAAAUGGCGCGCGUACUGAUGGAGCGCAACCAGUACAAGGAGCGGUUCAUGGAGCUGCAGGACGCAGUGCGCUGGACGGAGAUGAUGCGUGCCUCCCGGGUGGAAACCCUGGACAAGAAAUCAAAGCAAGGCAUUUGGAAGUUUUUUAGUAAUCUCUUUAGCUCCAACGAUAGGCCAACGAACGAGUCCCCCGGGCGCCUUCACCAGCGCUAUGGCGGUGUGAGUGCGCAGUCUCAGGCGCACGGUACCGCCUCGCUGCUGCCUGCCAUGCCCGAGGGACGAAUGCUCAUUGGCGCAGGCAACGGUGGCAUUGGUGGUGGUGGUGGCGGUGGCGGCGGCAGCGGUAUCGGUCUCGGUGCCCUUGCCACAGGCUCCUCGGCCGCGCUCCUACGCAGUGGCCACGCAAGCAACAUACUGGUGCUAUCGAAGGAACCCGAGCUGACGCAAUCGGAGCGGGCAAUGCAACGGCGCCGCGACCAGUACCGGCAGGUAAGGGCGCACGUACAAAAAGAGGAUGGCCGAUUGCAAGCGUACGGCUGGAGUUUACCUAGUCUGAAACCAUCGAACGCAGCGGGAGCGAACGGUGGCGUUGGUAGCGCUGGAGGCGGUGGUGUGGGGCGCCCUACCGGCAGCGGAGUGCCGGUACCGGUGCCCGUGUACUGUCGCCCGCUGGCCGAAGCUAGUCCGCACAUGAAGGUGUGGUGUGCCAGCGGCGUCAAUCUGCAGGGCGGCUACACAAAGGACGGAGGCUGCAUUGUCGGGGCGGCAAGCAUAUUUUACGCAAAAGACACGACCGGCGGUGGGGCACAGAUCACCGAGCUUACGGGCGACGAAGCGACGGUCGAGCCGAAGGAUUUGGGCGAACUGUUGGAAAGAAAGCUGCUGGCACUUGGCGGUCCGGCUUCGCUCGACGCAGACAGCGAGCUUAGCUCGUACGUGUGGAUCUGCACCAGCACCCAUUCGGCCAGCACGGUAACGGUGAUCGAUGCGAAAAAUCCAUCCGAAGUGUUGGAUUCGUUCCCGGUGUGCCAGAAUCAUUUGCUGUGCAUCUGCACCGUUCGCGGAGCGCUCGAGAUGGAUUACGCAAUGCUGGAAAACAGCGAAGUUACCAAAUCGGGUAAAAUGCUUGAAAAGCCAGGCGAAUCUCCUGACGAUAUAGGAAAAGUAUCGUACGAAAAGGUUGUACGCAGCGCUGCCGAUUCCACGCCAACUUCGGCAGACGAGCAUAAAGCUACGGAAGAAGCACAGGAAGCGGUGCCACCAUCCGAUACAAUCCCAGAACAAGCUACCGAAGCUAACAGCGAUCGUGAUCUUAAUCACAACAGUAAGGCGACCCAUGAAGUCCUAGACAGCGUAGACACGAAAGACAUUGCGAUUGCGGUCGAUGGGAACGAUAAUACGAUCGGCGAGACCACCUCCUCACCCAACAAACCGCAGCCAGAGACAGCAAUCGAAGAGUCGAUCUCCUCGAUCGGUCCGACCAUGUGGCUGGGCGCUCAGAACGGCAUGCUGUACGUGCACAGUUCCGUGGCAAGAUGGAACGUGUGUCUGCACAAAAUCAAGCUGCCCGACUCGGUGUUAUCGAUAGUGCACGUCGAGUCGCGUGUCAUCGUUGCGCUGGCGAACGGAACGUUGGCAGUGUUUCGGCGGCAGGUUAGCGGCGAGUGGGAUCUUAACAGCUACCAUCUACUGACGCUUGGCUCGCCGAAGUACUCUGUGCGUUGUCUAACGAUCGUCGGCGACAAGGUUUGGGCGGCUCACCGCAACAAGAUACACGUGAUCGAUCCCAUCACGCUGUGCAUUCUGAAAUCGUUCGAAGCUCAUCCACGCAAGGAAAGCCAAAUCCGCCAGAUGGCUACUACGGGGCUGGGUGUGUGGGUAUCUAUAAGAUUGGAUUCGACUCUAAGGCUCUUCUCCGCGGAAACGUACGAUCAUCUGGAAGACAUCGACAUCGAUCCUUACGUGUCGAAGAUGUUGGGCACCGGAAAGCUCGGCUUUUCGUUUGUGCGCAUUACCGCUCUGCUGGUAUCGUGCAAUAGGCUGUGGAUAGGAACCGGCAAUGGUGUGGUGAUUUCAGUUCCACUGACUGACGCUAGCGGUGCUUCCAAUACACCAUACUCACCGCGCUUCGCAAAUGCUCAACUUUCGUUCCACGGGCACCGCGAUGCAGUGAAGUUCUUUGUGUCCGUGCCGAUGAACCCGCCCAAUCAGGGGCUACCAACCACUUCGAAGGAUAUGCUGGUAAUAUCCGGCGGAGAGGGAUACAUCGAUUUUCGGUUAGGUGACGGUGAUAUGGAGGCGAGUGUCGAGCUAGAACCUAACCAAACCAUAGAGAAUCGCAAUGAGAAGAGCUACAUUAUCGUGUGGAAAGUCAGCAAUCGUUAAGAUACGGUGUAUUGGACUGGUGCAUCCUCCAAUAAACUCACCCAUUAUAAUCAUGCUUUACUUUAGGCAUUCUCCACACUAAUAUCUUUAAAGAAAAUAAGAAAAAAAGGAACAAAUUUACUUACUUCCUGUAAACGUUAUCUGAAACCCACUGCAUCAAAGCAAGCCAGCGAGCGAGCGAGCAAGCAAGCAAGCAAACAAGCAAGCAAACGACGUACACAUACAAAUACCAUCUUACCAAUGCGCAGUGUAAGAGUGUAGAAGAAAUGAUGAAACCUAGUGUUCCAGUGUUCCACAGUUGUGUCUGCCGUUGUUCAUUUCAAACACGUUGUGUAGUGUUGGUUCAUUUGCAUAACAUAUUACUGUACUAGAGAGCUAAACAACAAACGAUUAGGAGAAGAAGAACAAACGUUUAUCACAAACCUACGAACUAUCCCAGUCCUACACACGUCUAUAAAACUUUGCUGGUGGUUGAAUAGAUUUUUUGGCUAGUUUUCAAAGAUUUGUAACGCAUGUUUGGCAUCAUUAAUGUAUUAGAAAAAUCGAAGGUAUGUUAGCUUGAGUGAACAGAAACUGAGACACGACCGGAUAGUCAAAAAUAACUCUGCCCCUUUCCCUCCCUUUAACACGCCAAAGAAUAAGUUUAGUAGAGCGUUUUCGUGAUUCCUUUCGAAAUGCUACAAAGUGGAGACAUUUGCAAGUUGUACCUUCCCACAUAUACACCAUAUAAUUGCGGCGAGCUACAGCGUGCGAUGGUUAUUUUGUAUUAUGCGUAACAAUACCAUUAAUAUUUAUCACAUGUGAGUAGAAUGGCGAUUUACUAGGGGAGAUUGUGGGAACCAGCCCAGGAAAUUGCUUAAACAAACACACACAACACUUACUACACACAAAGCUCACAAACCGCUAAACAUGCUAAACUAGCGAAAUUUGAAUACUGUUAGCAAUUCUCGGUUUUCCAUUGGACUGGAAAGUGAGCCUGUUUUUUUAAAUUGUGUAUAUAUUAGACAGUUACACUAUUGAGUUGUAUUUAGUUAGUUUGGCUAGUGUCCGAGUAAGUCGGUUCCACCUGUGUAUGUUUAGCCAUUUUAAAGGUGUUAUAGUUUUAAGAUUGUUUUAUUGUUUUAUUUAGUUUUUCGCAAAUCAUUCGAACAAUUGAUGAAUGGUUUUAAAUCUUUUCAGUCAAAUGUGUGUACCGUAGGGAAGGCGAUUUUAUACGCGCAUACAAGAGAAAUAGAACAUUUUAACACGCUUAUACUGAUACCGAAAAGCGGUCGAAACAGUUUCACGAAAGGAAGGGCUUAUGUUUACAGUGCAAAAAUGUGUCAGUUCUGCAGUAGACAGUGUUUUAGGACGAAAAUACACACUAAUAAUUAUUUAAAUUCCUAUUCAAUUUUAUCCUAGCCGUUUGCGAAUUGCUACAGGCUGCAGCCUUUUACCAGCUUUGCUGUUACGUAGCUGCAUUCUUCUAGCUUUGUUUUAAUAUGUUCGAAUAUUGCAUAGUUUGUUAGCGUACAACAACAACAACAACAACAACCAUACCACUCCCGAAAGCGAAAGCGUGCGAUAAAAUUCGUGAUGUAAAAAACUACCCAUUUGAGAAAAAAAGGCAAAUAUAAGUAACCAAUGCAUUAAUAA